AUGCGCCGUCCGUCCGUCCGUCCGUCCGUCGGUUGUCGUCCGUCAGUCGUCGGGGAGAACGCCAUGGAAUCGCCCGCGCUCGGCCUGGCUGCCGUCACGGUCUCGGCCGUACUCCAGCAAGCCUACUUUUCCCUGCAGGUGAUCGGCGCCCGGAGAAAGUUCCGCGUGUCCCCUCCGUGCACAAGCGGCCCCCCCGACUUCGAGCGCCUCUUCCGGGCUCAAGCCAAUUGCUCGGAAUACUUUCCUAUGUUUGUCGCCCUCUUGUGGACAUCCGGAAUCUUCUUCAACCAAGGUGUAUCGUGCGCGUGUGGCGCGCUGUACCUGUACGCACGUCUGCGUUACUUUCACGGUUACGCCGAGUCAGCGCAACAACGUUUGCGGCCUCUCUACGUGAGCGCGGCCCUCCUUUGGCUCCUGGUGGCGUUCUCCUGCGUCGGCAUCCUGUCUUCCUUUUGGAGACUAUGCUUCCACGCCAACGGACGCCAUCCGGCCUGA